CCCAUGGACAAUUCCAUUAAUUCUAAGCAUCUCCUUGACCUUGAGCGACCUUCUACUUCUCGUGCAGUUCACGGGCAAUCUACGGACAACGAAAAGACAGAAGACUGGGCCUACGCGGCUAACGGCUGUGUGCCUGCGAACGCAUUCUGCAUCGACGACGAAGACAUUUUUGUUCACCCAGCCCACGUGGGGGUCAUUUUUACUCCCUAUUACGGCAUCGUGCCUGGCAUGCUGCUGCCCGAGGUGGGCGUGGUCGGGGUCUUGCCCGACUGCGCAAGCCCCUUCAUCGAGAGGAAGCAAUACUAUGCUUUGAUCGGAAAGGACUUUUUCUGGCGGCCGUACGAUUCUAAAAAAUGGAACUGCACUCCGUCUGACGGAUAUGCCAUCAAGAACAAAGGGCACGAAUGGUAUCUAAUUGGCCGAUGCGAAGUCGACGGCGUCUUCCUUGUCGGCAUGAUUUUUCGCAAGAUUCUCUUCGUUCGGAAGAAUGAUGAGGUUCUAAAAAUCGAGGAGAGAUAUGAGAUUUUGUGCAAGAAAAGGAAAUAGUGGUUUUUGUGAGUUUCAAACUCUGACAACUUCUUUACCAAUCUGCACAACUCAAUUUUGAGUAAAAAGCUUGAAAUAUUC